ACAAGGUUCUGGGUUAGUAAGAUGUGCCCCAUGCGUUCAGUACAUUUUCCACGAUGCAUGUCAUGUGAUGAUGGUUAUCUAACACAAGUUAAACACUUGGUUGGAACAUUUCAAGUCGAGGAGGCGUUCAGGAUUUAGGUGUGACGGCCGCUAAUAACCAUAGAGAUAUCAUUAGCCUGUUCAGGUAUUAUGCGUGAGGCCCGCUGCUGUGCAUCAACUUUGCGCCGCGCAUCCUGGUUCUCUUUUCAGAGUCAUGUCUCUUAUUGGAAUUUACUACGCCGUCACCUCACCCACAGUUGUCUCCAUCUAUCCCUGCCCCGGACAUUCAUCUCUCCAACCCCCGCUGUUCUUCCCCUGCUUUUGGUCUGAAGGAGCCAGCCGGAGCACCGACUCCCUCAUCCCCGGGCGUCCAGGCGACGCCGAGGUUGAUUCUUGGCCGGCGGCGUGUGGCCUACGGCGGAAGAGUUCUCCCGAAAGGCAGAAGUUUUUUGCCGUGAGGCAGUUAGAGAAGUGAGGAUGACAGAUUUAUUUAGCGGGAUACAAGCUGCUAUGGUGAUUAAUCGUGUAGAAAAUAGUGACCAAUCCCCAGAAGAUUGGGUUAGCGACGAGGAUGGUUCAGGUGGUUCCACUGGAUUACCAGGGACACCAUGUUUUACUUCCAGGCUUUCAUUGCUCAAAGUUGGUUCAGUUGUUGCCAAGUUCAGUGAUCUCAAGCGGCAGCUAGUUAUGGAGACUGGUUUUGGGGGGUUUCUAGAGGUGAAGGCAUGGCAGAAGAUUAAUCUGAAGUAUAGCGCUUUUUUAAUGGACCGAGUGCAUGUAGAAUCCAGCACAAUCAACCUUGAGGAACAGGGCGUGCUUGAACUGUCCGAACAGAAUCUUAAUUAUGUUUUUGGCACCCCCUCCGGUGAAUCCGAUAUAAACGGCGAAGGUGUCAAGCCAUCAGAAGCCUACAUCGAGUACACCCGAAUGGCAGCAUCAUUCAGCGACAAAGGCACACAUAGCCUAAAAGCAGCUGAAAAUGUUUUGCUUGGAGCUUUAUCAGAAACGUCCUCCCAAAUACAGCAGGACUGUUUCAAGAUUGCAUUUGUUAUUUUUAUAAUCGGUCAUGUGCUGGCUCCCACCUCCAAACAUGAUUAUAUAUCCAUAGACUUCUGGGCUGCACUGAAUGACAUUAGCAAGAUCAAGAGUUGGAACUGGGGAGGGUAUGUACUGAAAAACUUGUUUCAAGCCGUCAGAAAGUUCAAGACAGAUGUUUCAAAGAGAAACUCAACCAUCCACAUAGUUGGUUGUCACUUGUUUCUGCAGGUUUUUGUUCUCGAUUGUCUCGACCUUGGUAUACUAAACAAGCCACGAGAAAUAACCCCACGCAUAGGUUUGUAUGAUUAUGAUUCAAUGAGGAAGAUGGUUGAGAAGAUUGAAGUGAACAUAUCUCCUGGGGUGAUUUCCUACCACGGGGGAGCGGUUCGGCUCGAGCUCUCUGUUAGCCAGCUGAUUGAACUCCAGGCGAAAGAUACAUGCUCCCUAAAUCCCCCCAAACAAGCAACAGCCCCUAAAAGAGCAAGCAUACCAUCCACGCCAAUGAUACGGUGUAAUUACACAAGGACUGGCCCACAAGAUUUUUCAAAUUACAUCCGCACAAAAUACCCGAGCAUAUCAGCAGAGAAGCUGGGUAUUCUUCUUCGCGAGCAGAAUGCACGUGGUCUCGCUAAUAUAACAGAAAUGUGCCAAGCAUUCCAGACAAACAUGUUCACUUUCACAGACAAGCUUAUGGCCUGUCUAGCAGAAAGUUGUACCUGCUGCAAGGCAUUCGGCCGCAAAUCUUGCAUUUUGAAUGGUGAAGGCAUAACCAACUGUCAACCACAUCCUACAACAUCAACAGUCCAGAACCAAUUCAACACUCCUUUAGUAAGCAAGGUUGGGCCACGCUUGCCUGCACCAGGCCACCAUGAAGGAGCCAUGUCAGCUACCAGCACAGCAUCUAGAAAAAGGGAAGGAAGUAUAUCAUCUAGCGUGCACUCUGGGUUAGCAAAGAAGCAAUGAUCACGCGAUGAGAUUGACAAGCAAAGCCAGAUGUCCAUAGCACAGGAUUCAUCGGUUAUGGAGAUUGCUAGCAUGAUUGCCAGUAUGUACGAUGAUCUAACGGCCAUUCUUGUAACAUAUUAUGCUGAGAUCCGGCCAUCUCCUGAGUGCGUCUUGUUUGGAUCAACUACUGAAGGCGCACCUUUGAAGAUCGACCUUCCUAAAUGCAAUUUCGGCAGAGACCCAUGGGUUGUUGGUACAGUAACCGCACCACCACCCGAGAACGCUCUCAGAGCUAUAAGAGACUGGAUGGCAGCAGCUUCUACCUUAAAUCUUCAGAGGCCAUGGGUUGUACACCCCAAACCUCGUUUCAUCUCAGUGGAUGGCUUAGAUAUUCAGCAACAGCUUGUGGCACACAAGAAAAUGUCCCAUGAAAUUUGUACUUCCAUCUUCCGCAGACUUGCCCAACUUGACAUGAGCUUCUCAAAAGACACCCCUGGUAUGAUGUGGAGGAAAUACAUCGAGCCUAAUUUUGCGACAACUGUUCUGUCCAAUGCCGACCCACUGAUUGUGCACUCCAUUAGGGCUAGCUUGCGGGAGGGAACCGCCUCUUGCAACCCAGCAUCAUGCCGCAUGUGGUUUAUUCCAGCUAUUCUCCCAGAUGGCUGGGUGGUUUAUGCAUUUGACAUGUUGCGCAAGCGAAUCGUCGUUUAUGACCCUGCUGUCGGCCCAUUCGGAUACAGUAAUCGCCGAGUCAGCAUCCAUGAAUUUGUGAGCAACAAACUUCAUGUUGCUCUGUUCAACUGCCUCUAUAGUUUUUUCAGUUCAUGGCAUUGUGAAUCAACUCACUGGACACGUACAUUUCCAAUCAUAAUGAGAGAACAAUUUCACAAGGACGAAGCCGGAUUAUGUGCCACUUUUUUUGCAAGGAACUAUGACGGUGACAAGUUGCAAAUCCCACUCACCAAAGAAACACUCGUAUCGCACAGCAACCUCAUGCUGUACGAGCUGAUGAGGACGCAAGGAAAUCAAACAAAAGCUGCUAGCGACUCGCUCGAAGCAAUUAAAGGGUCAUUUGUCGUUCUGUAGGCAAACAUUGUUGUUUUAAGGAAGAGGUCGCCAUUUGUGGGACAGCUUGACUAGAUAUGGUAUUUGUGUGCCUAGCAUCUCCCCAUUUUAAUCCCAUGUUGUAAUGAAUCUUAUCAGAGCUAAAUGCAAACAAGUUAUGUCAAA